AGGCCCGCCUGCUGGGCCGGGCUGGGCCGCCUCCCACGGCGCCUCUGCCUGAGCGCUGGCAGAGAAGACGCGGACCCCACCACCGCCGGCGCCAGAUCGCCAGCCCGACAGCAGCCCCCUCGGGGGACCAGCCACGAGCCUCUCUGGCAGCCAGGAAGUCACCCCAGCAGCGCCACCAUGGCCCGGCCCAGCAGCAAAGCCAUUUACAUGCAGCGGAAGGAGUACUCGAACAGCCUCAGCUCCGAGCCCACCUCCCUGCAGCACAGGGUGGAGCACCUGAUGACGUGCAAGCUGGGCACUCAGGGCAUCCGGGACCCCAGCGACGCCGUGAAGAAGCUGCAGGAGGUGGACGCUCAGGGCCGGGUGUGGAGCCAGAACUUGAUCCUGCAGGUCCGAGACGGCUGGCUCCAGCUGCUGGACAUCGAGACCAAGGAGGAGCUGGACUCGUACCGCCUGGACAGCAUCCAGGCCGUGGACGUGGCGCCCAGCUCCUGCUCUUAUGACAACGUCCUGGCCGUCACCGUGCGGGAGCCGGGCCCGCUGGGCAGCAGCACUCUGCUCUUCCAGUGCCAGGAAGUGGGGGCGCAGCGACUGAGGACCAGCCUGCAGAAGGUCCUGGAGGAGGAGCGGGAGGGCAGCAGACCCCCAUUGGGAGCCCUUCACCAAGGCCAGGACAGAUGGCGGGGGGCUCCUCAAGAAAGGCCACUCCCCAAGGAGCAGGCCCCCGCCCAGGAGCGGGGGUUCCCUCCGGAACAGCCCCCCUGGAUGGCCAAAGAGCACAACACACAGCCAUCCCCGAGGCCCUUGUCACGACACUCCAGCGCCCGAGAACUGAGCGCUAUCCCGCCGCCUCCUCCAAGAAGGCCCCCAUCCCCCCAGGACCCAGCGAGGGACCAGGAGGUGCUGAACCGCAUCCUGGCGGACAUCGAGCUGUUUGUGGGACGGCUGAAGGAGGCGGAGGCGAACGCCACUCUGAAGAAGAAGACUGUACUGGGGAAGAAAAAAGACAAGUAUCAGGGGGGGGUGACACAGGCACAGUACAUCGACUGCUUCCAGAAGUUCAAGUACAGCUUCAACCUCCUGGGCAAGCUGGCCGCCUACCUGCAAAAUCCAAGUCCUGACCAUUUGCUGCAUCUCCUCUUCAACACUCUGAACUUGGUCCUGACCAAGUGCCCUGAGCGUGGCCUCGCAGCGCAGGUGAUCUCGCCCCUCCUCACCCCCGAAGCCAUGGACCUGAUGCAGCUCUGUCUCAGCCCACCCGAAACUGACCUCUGGAAGAGCCUGGGUGUGGCCUGGACCACCAGCCGGGACAACUGGACAGGCAAGGAGCCCCGACCCUACCAACCCACAUUCUCUGAUGGUUGGCAGAUUCCAGAACCUUCCAACCAGGCACCCUCGGGAUACCAGGACUCCGCCUCCUUCCAACCUGUCAGCCAAGCCCCGAGAAUGCAAGUCGUACACGAGUUUCAAGCUAGGAACCCCAAGGAGCUGACGGUGGCCCAGGGAGAGGUGGUGCAGGUUCUGGACGACAGCAAGCAGUGGUGGCUGGUGAAGAAUAAGACAGGAGAGAGCGGCUACAUCCCCAGCAACGUCCUGGAACCCCUGGAGUCGGGGACCCCCAGGGGCCAGAGCCAGCCGCCCCCUUGGACUCCAGUGCUUCGACUCAGCUCCAGGCCCGAGGAGGUCAGAGCCUGGCUGCAGGCAGAGAACUUCUCCACGUUCACGGUGAAAACCCUGGGGUCCCUGAUGGGGUCCCAGCUGCUGCACAUCAGGCCAGGGGAGCUGCAGAUGCUGUGUCCACAGGAGGCCCCUCGGGUCCUGGCACGGCUGGAGGCCGUCAGGAGGACGCUGGGGAUAACCCCGUAGGCACCAACGCAGACCUCUCCAAGACCAAGGCCUUCUCGCAGCAGCAAGACGGAAGACGCCCCGAGAACUCCUCUUCCAGGUCCCCAGUCCGCAGCCAGCCCCACACCCCACCCCCACAGCAAGGAGGACAGACCAGCCCCGCGGUCGGGCGAGUGAUGUCCCCCCUGGCUGUGCUGGGAGCCCUCUCCAGCUACCAUCUAUUUAUUGUCUCUGUCCUAAGCCUGGCGCACUCGUGGCUAGAUUCGGUAGGGUUCUGUUCAGUCCGUCUCCUCCCCAAUAAACACAUCUUCAUCGGC